AUGGAGCUGUGGCGGCCCGCCACGUUAGGGCAUCGCUCGGUCCCUAUUGUUUGGGCAUCGUAUCCUGGAAAAGAGUACAGUUCCAAGAUCUUGGGUGAUCUGCAUAAGACGCCAGCGAGUGUCCAAGUGUAUAAUGCUUACAUGUAUGACAAACUGCGAGAACGAAGCAACGACUGCGGGUUGGGACUCGCUCAAUUUUCCCAUCACAAUCAGCAACGCCGUCUACUUCGCGCAAAAUCGGAUUGCUGCUUGAGUUUGCGAAAGUAUGCAGAUUUCCGAAUGGAACAAGAAAAAGGCUUGGACGACAGAAUCCAGAAUGCCACUGAUGUCUCGAAACUGUGCUGGGAAGCGAGUAUGGCUCAUGCUGCACAGCAGUACGUGCUGGCAGCCGUCUUACUGCGCCGCGCAUCAGAACUCGACUCCGCAGAUGCUUGUGGUACGUUGUCGAAAAUGUUCGGUUUUGGAAUAUGCCAAUCGAAUGUGCUUCUCUUUGAACGGGACACGCUGCGGGGCAUCGCGUGGGCCAUCCGCGCUCUACAGUUACUUGUUUUCGAUAUGGAGAGAUGCGCAACGGAUCAGUCUUUGCAGCUUUUAAAUCAUAUGCUGCACCUGCUUUGCACAUUGAUGUGUGCACCGGAGUCACUGCAGUCUGUCCAGGUGCACGAUGCCCGCGCCGAUGUAUCUAUGCCGCUUCUACUCCUAUUCCCUCGUUCGUGUGAGCUACUGCAUCCAGAUGCCCGCUUAAAGAACACGAUACCCAACGAGCUCACGCGAGAGUCAUUUUGGACUGCAUUACGAGACGUGCUUUGCAAAGUCAAAGCGAUCCCCUCUUUGUAUACCAAUGCGGAACCAGCUGACAGUGUGUCUACUGAACAGCACAUCUCGCACGUGCUUGCCCAUACACUGUUUCUUGAGUCGUUUCUUUUAAUGCGGAUGGCUGUUCUUGAAAGAGAGAGCGCCUACUUACACGAAACGUAUCAUACAUGCACGCAAUAUUUGCUCAGCACACGUCAAGAGCGCGAACUCGACACAUUCGCCCAAUUGCGAUCUGUGGCAUCUGAGAUCCAGCAAUGGGCAGCGCCAGAUGUCGAGCGAAUACCAAAUACUAUAUUUGACGGAGCAGACUUUUUAGCCAUGAGACAUCGUGUGUCUAAUAUCUUUGUGUUCACAUCCAGGCCUCUUAAGGAAAAAUCCCCCGAUGUUUUGGAUGGUCGCACGAACCAGCCUCGAUUGAAAGAGAAGCAAGAGCCCCGGGCUUUCCGUACACCCGGUACGGUCAAUGCAUUGGAGACGACCCUGCAAUAUAUUCCACGCCUCACACCGUCGAAUGUUUCUUCUGCUGCUUCCAAAGAUCAUGCCUUGAGUCACAAGACACAGCGCUAUUCUGGCAUUACUACGUCCAAGUUGCGGGACGUGUCGACUGGAAUGAGCCGACGUUCCGUCUCAGCCGACCACGCCAAAAUCCAACAGCACUCUGGCAAGACUAUGACUGCAGAUGAUGUUUCUUAUUUAUGUCGCAUGGACGAGCCCUUACAACCUCGCCUUCGUCGGCGUCCAUCAAGUAUUGUUUCUGUGACGCCUUCGCACACGUGCUCCACGAACGGGUCUGCUGGGACCCCUGCACCCACUACAGCAGAUACAACGCCGAUUUCUUUGCACUUGCGAACGGUAUCUCCAACGCUCACGCCUCCUCUCACGGACUCGGCUCAUCUCCGUAUGAAGUUACGACGGCAAUCAUCGCAGGCCUCUCUCCGACAGAAAGCAGGACUUAAGUAG